UCCUUACAACCCGAUUUUCAAUACUUUGGUUGGAUCUCGCGAUCGUCGGUAGCGUACGUCGAUAAUUGUCAGAACGGAAGAAGAAACGGGGGAGCGGUCAUGCUAUGUACAAUAAUCGUGGCGAGUCGUUGAAUUGACCGAAAUUCAUAUUGUCACCUACGCUCUUACGAUUAUCGCAUGCGCUCGUGUAUGCGCUUCGUCCAUUCUUCUAGUACUAGUACAUCGUUUGUAGUCAAUGCUAACUAAACGCCUAAUUUUACUUUAUCGCUUACGAAUAAACAACGGAGAUAAACGAGCGUGACAACAGUGCAAAUAAAUUUUUAAUAUGUGUCUCUGAAGCGCAUCGAGAUAUCAGUUUAGGAUUCCAAGCGAACAGGGAAAUCCAAACCACGGGAAACGCAGAAAUUGUCAGGGAAGACGACAUGAGGUACAAGGUAAACGAUCCGGACGCGGGUGACGACAAGGAAACAGGGAAUGAGAUUAAGAGAGAUUCCAUGCUUCCGUGGCGGUACGGACCAAGGGAUGAGAACAAAUUGGGUGGAAGGAAAACGAAAUGGGUGAUAAUCGUCGGUUUCUUAUCGGUAACCGUGGUUGCAUUGCUCGUAACGCUGACCUUGCAAACGAUCGUUUUCCGCAAGGAGGAGUACACGGAGAUGUGCCAGAGCGAAGAGUGCGUGAAAACAGCUGCUAGGAUAAUAGAGGCGAUGAACAGGUCCGUAGAUCCUUGCGAAGAUUUCUACAAAUUCGCUUGCGGCGGAUGGAUUGCGAAAAAUCCUAUACCACAGAGUCAAGCCUCUUGGGAUCAAUUGAGUCUUCUCAGAGAACAAUUAUUAAAAAAUCUGAGGAUAUUGCUCGAAGAAUCGGAGGAAGGAAAUGAACUGAGACCAGUAAAACUAGCCAGGAGCUUGUACAAAACUUGUAUAGACACGAAUACUGUCGAGGCCUUGGGACUGCAGCCCAUUCAUCAAACGCUGCACAAACUCGGUUUACCAAAAGAUCCACCCUUAAAAGACGAGAUCUCACCCUUAGAUCUGUCCGAAGUUGCUGGACGAGCGCAAAGAACUCUGGGCUUAGAUCUGUUUCUAAAUUUAUAUAUUAACGAGGAUAUACGAAACACCUCAAGAAAUAGGAUGAUGAUGGAACAAAUAUCUCCAGGAUUCAGCGAGCGCUAUUUGUUGGAUCCGUUGCUGUUCCAGUCGGAAUUGAUGGAAUACAGGAAAUAUAUAAAAGCUAUGAUCGAGCUAGCUGGCGUCAAACCGAAUAAGAGUGACGACUUCGCAAAGGAAAUCUUAGACUUCAGUACGAAAAUCGCUAAGAUCAUGGCAACGCCGGAACAGAGACGCAGUUCGACUCAUCUUAUUCAUGAUGUAACGAUCAACGACUUGCAGCAAUUAACAGACUCACAUGUGCAACAGUGGAACUGGACGAGGUAUUUGCAAACUGUGUUCAAUAACACGAAUGUGACGAUAGACACCGGAGUAGACCGCGUUUUCGUCAUGGAUCUACACUAUUUGCAAAAGUUACCCGAACUUCUAGCUACUACCCCUAACGCUACGAUAGUACGAUUCGUAUGGUGGAGCGUUUAUUCGACGGUCGCUCCCUUGACGCUACAACGAUUUCGCGACCUCGGCUUUCAGUUCUCGCAAAAAGUUCUCGGCCUGAAGGAGAAGCUACCGAGAUGGAAGUCCUGCACUGGGAACGCGAACGCAAACUUCGGCAUGGCUCUCAGUUACGUUUAUGCGCGUCGGAACUUCGAUGAUCGAGCUCGAAAAAAGGCUUUGGAAAUGUUGUUAGACAUUCGAGCGGCAUUCGAUGAAAUGGUUGUAGAGUUGGACUGGAUGGAUAGUGAAACGAAGGCUCGCGCUCAUAGAAAAUUAAAUGCAAUGAGACCCUUUGUCGGUAUCCCGGAAUGGAUCAACAAUUCCACGAAAUUGGAUAAAUUUUAUGAAGAGAUGGACGUGAUACCUGGUCGAUUGUUCGACACAUUUUUAAUGCUUACUAACGUUGCUAUUAAAAAGAGCUUAAAUAGUCUGCGUAAAAAACCGGACAAAGACCGAUGGAUAACGGCCGGCACGACGGUAAACGCGUUUUAUAGCGCAACAUUGAAUUCAGUUACUUUUCCAGCUGGUAUUUUACAUCCUCCGUUCUACGGAAAUGGAUUGGAGUCUAUCAACUAUGGUGCCAUGGGCGCGAUCAUGGGACACGAGCUUACUCACGGAUUCGAUGAUCAAGGUCGCAGGUACGAUGAAAAUGGAAAUCUUCGGCAAUGGUGGAGUAAUGAAACGUUAAAACAUUAUCUCGAGAAAGUUGAGUGUAUAAUCGACCAAUAUAGUAGCUAUCAUUUAUCGGAAUUGGGUAAUAAUUUAACAGUCAAUGGCUUUAACACGCAAGGAGAGAACAUAGCGGACAACGGUGGAAUACGAGAGGCUUACAGAGCAUAUCAAAGACUCAGGACUAGGAAUGUUGAACGACAAAGUUUGCCCGGUCUUGUCGGAUAUACCCAAGAGCAAUUAUUUUUCUUAGGUUUUGCCCAAGUCUGGUGCGGUAAUUACACGAAUGGGUCUUUGAAAUCUAAACUGGUGGAGGGUGUCCAUGCACCGAAUCACUUCAGGGUCAUCGGCACUCUAUCGAACAACGUGGAUUUCGCGAAUGCAUGGAAUUGUCCAUCUGGAAGUCCCAUGAAUCCGUCUCGCAAGUGUAUUCUCUGGUAGAGUAGUAUGUAGUGGUAAUUAAAAGUAAGAAGUGCGUCUUUAUCGAGAGCCUACGAAUUUUUGUUCUUUACAAAAGACAAUAGGCUCUUGCUCUGGGCUUUGCACACCGUACUAUAUCCGUAGUAUAAUUACGCGAAUAGUGAAAGAGAUUGCAAACAGACUGAUUCGUAGGAACCAGCGUGAACUUAAUGUACGCUUAAACGUGAAUAUUUUCUAUUAGAAUCUUCUGUAAAUAUUAUACAGAAUGGAAAUAUGACUUUUUUUUAAACUGA